ACGGCUGGGGGCAGCAAGAAGACUGCCUUGGCGCGUGUCGCGCUCGCCGCAACUGGCUGGUCUGAUGUCCACAACAAGUGUUUUACCGACGUGAAGACCGCGCUCAUGAACGUCGUGCCGUUGUCGCACCCGCGAGAAGACAUGGAAGUCUGCGACUUUACCAACGCGAGUGAUCAAUUUUGA